AUUUCCUUGCCCUGCAGCGGAGUGGGCGGUGUCGGGGCCGUCUCCAAAAUACUCCGCCUGGUUCCCGUCCGGGUCUCGUGUUCACAAAACCCCAGGACAUCCCGCCUGCUCCUGACCCCAUGAAACCGCCCCCUGGCCCUGAGCACCCGGACACACUUCCUGGGCCAGCUGCUUCCAGAAAGGGGAGCUUCUGAGACGACCCGGACAGCUGGCACCCCUGCUUCCCAGCCCCCCCUCCGCCGGGAGGGGAAAAAGUCUGAAAAGCAGCCAAAAGCUGGGCUUUUUUUCUGCCAUUUCCAAGCAAAACACAUUGUGGAAAAGCCAGGAGGCCCUGUUGUUUCAAGGAGAAAGCUUUUGGUUGAAGAACUGACCUGUUGGGGGGCUCACGGGUGUUUAGCCUUCCCACGUCCCAUGCGGAUGAGGAGCCCGGAGCCCGAUGCCCCCUCUGCACGGUGACCAAUGUUCUGUGGCGGUGCCGGGAGACAUCUCCCAGAGGCCCACAGGAUGAAGAGCACCCAACGCUGCAAUCAGGCCAUACCAGUUGCCUUCUGCCUCCUCCUGGGCAUUGGGAUGGCAGCCCCAGAAUCAUUCCAUGUGCUGGGUCCCGCCAGCCCCAUCUCCGCCCCACUGGGGGGCACUGUGCUGCUGCCCUGCCACCUCUCCCCCGCGCUCAGCGCCCAGGCCAUGCAGGUGAAAUGGAGCCGGCCCCAGUUGGGCCAGGACGUCCACGUCUACUGGCCGAACAGGAGCGAGGUGCAGGGCACGGGUUACCAGGGCAGGACGGAGCUCAUCACCCAGGGCCUGGCCCAUGGGAAUGUCUCCCUGAGGAUCCAGGACGUCCAGCCAUCAGACGAAGGGCAGCACUUGUGCGAGGUCCAGUCACCCAGUCACUACAGCACGGCCCUGCUGGAGCUCAGCGUGACGGGCUCUGGCUCAGACCCUGUCCUGCACAUGGCUGGGUACAAGGACUGGGGGGUGUGGGUCUUGUGUCUCUCUGCGGGGUGGUACCCGGAGCCCCACGUGCUCUGGAGGAAUGGCCGUGGGGAGACCCUGAGCCCCAGGUCUGAACAGAAACCGUGCAGUGACAACGGCCUAUUCAACGUCUCCAGCUCCUUGGUGGUGACUGAGAGCUCGGACCCAGCACUGACCUGCACCAUCAAAGCCGGCUUCUCCAGCCCAGAGAGAGAGACGACUAUUCGUAUCACAGGGCUCUUCCCCAGGCAUGCCCCGGAAAUGUGGGCCUUUCUCAUCUUUCUACCAAUAUGUCUCUUCCUCGUGCCCUUGGCUGUUUAUCUCUUUCGAAAGCUCCAGGUACUCAAAGGGGAGGUGUCCAAAGAGCGUGAAUGGAGACAAUUUCUUGAUAAAGUGUCCCUUUCGGCAGCAGAGGUGACGCUGGACCAGAGCACUGCCAACCCCUUCCUGGUGCUCUCGGCAGAUGGCAGGAGUGUGACGUGUGGCAUCCUCUGGCAAGACGUCCCCAAGAGUGACCGGAGAUUCGACCCCCUCCCCUGCGUCCUGGCCUCCCAGUGCUUUGCAGCCAGGCAACACUACUGGGACGUGGAGGUGGGCGAGUGGGGAGACUGGGCCAUCGGGGCAGCCCAGGGCUCCAUGGAGAGCAUGGGGGCGUUUCAGCUGUCCCCGGAUGUGGGGGUCUGGGCCCUGCAGUGCCAGGAGGGGGAGUGGAGUGCUCUCACCUGCCCUGAGACACCGCUGCAGCUGGAGUCAGCACCCAGGAUGGUCCGGGUGCACCUGGACUGCGAGCAGGCAAGCCUGGCCUUCUACAACGCUGAGGGCAUGGCGCACAUCUUCACCUUCACUGGCUGUUCCCGGGAACCUCUCUUCCCCUUCUUCUUGCUCUGGACCUCUGGGACGCAGCUCACCAUACUGCCUCCAGGGCACAGAAAGACCGUGGAGAUGGACAGGACAACACGUACAGUAACACCCAAAAUGGGGAAAAGACAGGGCAGUCUUAUAGAACUUCUGAUCAUGCCAGGGCAGAGUUAAGGAUUUUUGGCUGGGAAUUCCCUUGUGUUCAAACGGGCAAAAUUAAGGGUGUUAAAUUCCUUUGUCUUCAAAGGGGCAGAGUUAAGGGUUUUUAACCAGGAAUUUCCUUGCAAAGGGACAGUGUUAUGGAUGUUUUCCCAGGGAUUUCCUUGCUUUCAAAUAGCUGCUUGGUUUAAUAUACAUGGCAAUGCUGAACAGAGUUAGAUCGUGCCUGCUUUUGGCGGUUGGUGAUCCUCUGACUUUUGUAUUGUGCCUUAAAACAUCUGCCCAAAGUAGUUAUUACUGAAACGAACCUAUUUUACUGAGGGCUUAGAACUUACCUAUUUUUUAAAAAGCAUAUUUUAUUGCAGUAUUUGAACCAAUUUUGGCUACAGUCAGGGAACCAGGCACAAUCAGACUUUCCUGUGGAGAUGCAGCUAUUACUCAGUGUUAUCAGCCGGAAAAACUCCAAAGCUUAAAUGUUUAAACAGCAAACUUUAUUUGUAAACUUGUUUCAUUUUUCUCCGGAACCAACCUAAGUCUACAUAAAGGGUAUUUAACUUUGAAAUUAACAUUGAGAUACACAGCUCAUUCUUUCUUAGCAUGGGAAGUUCCCAUCUGAGAUCAGGGCCCCAUUGUGAUGGGCUCUGCACAGACACAUGGUGACCCAGAUCGGGGCAGAGCUGGGAACUGUCCCCAUGUUUACUGAGUCCCGAUCCAAUGCCUUAACCGCAAGCCCAGUCAGCAUGCACAGCUGGGUGCCCACGCAAUUCCCCUGAUUAUGCAGAGAACCUGAGACAUUUGUGAGGAAACCUCCUGGGCAGCUGUGAUAGCACGGGCUGGGGCUUUGGGGGGGCUGAUUUUUAAUUGUCCCCCCAAAAUUGUAUAUGUUCGUGGUGGUGGUGGUGGGUGGGGAGAAGCACAAUGUGAAGGUUUGUCCACGCCUGAACAGCUUGAGUCAUGGCCCCGCCGGGGAGGCCCCCUGCCCCGUUACCCUCAAUCUCCCCUCCUGGAAAGCAGUGGCCUCUCCCCGCAGCACCCAGCCACUGCUCCUGUCUCUCCCCAUGGGGCACAGCUGGCAGUUCACCUGGCCUCCAAAGGGGGGCCUACUCUGAGUCAACAGGAAACCCACACACUGGAGUGAGGCAGCCCCAAACGUACCCCAUGGCCCUGGUUGUGACGUUAUUAAUCUGAACUGGCACCAUAUAGAUCAUUGUUGCAACCAAGGUCCUGAAGUGGCACAAAAUCUUGUAUAAAGGGGGUCAAAUAAGGUGUCUAAGACAAGGUUAUGGUUUGCUGGUUACGAUUAUGCUGUCUAUAUGCAUGUAUCAUUUUUGUAUUUAAAGUUAUAAGUAUUGGCUCUAUACUUUCUGUAGUUUAAACUUAUGCUAUGCUUCUGGGGGACACCCCAGACAAUUUGGUGUCAGCACUGCCUAGCCUGAUUGAUGGCCCAUUAAGGACCAUCAGCUGUAAAAUAGACGCAUUGAGAGAAGGCACAUACUCCUUGAGACUCAGCAAGGUAUUCAGGCACCUGCCUAUGGACAGAACACUAAGGUUUUUCUAUGCCAUGUGCUGGGUAGCUUGUCUUUGGGACAAAGAAAGCAGAGACCACAUGACAAGAGACUAUAAAAAGGCUGAUGCAUCUCCUCCAUCUUGUCUUCAAUCCUGCUUCUUACUUCUGGAAGGACUUUGCUACAAACUGAAGCUCUGAACAAAGGACUGAAUGACCCAUUCCCACUGUGGAUGUACUCCAAAGACUUGAUUUGAACCUGCAGUUUGUUCCAUAACUGGUACAAGCCUGAACCGAGAACUUUGCCAUUACUGUAUAUAAUUGAUUCCAUUUAACCAA